AUGGGGACCAUUCCUUUGCCAUAUAUCAUCUUUUUCCUAUGGAUCGAACCUGUUGCAACACUAGCCGGAGCAUACUAUGCUUGGCUACUACCACAGGCCUAUCUCGAUAUGACUGACGUUGCCUCCGCUCCUGGGGUUCUGGGUCUGCCUACGGCCACCCAUGUCGUACUUCGACAACUCGGCAAUCUGUAUGUCGCAUUUGCCAUCAAUGAAGCCUUUGUCUUGCGCGCAACAAACGACCUGAAAGUCUGGCGUACACUAUUGAUAGGCCUUCUUAUCGCGGAUUUUGGUCACUUGUACAGCUGUUUCCCGCUUGGAGUCAAGUCAUACUACGAUGUCGCGAACUGGAAUGCCAUGGCCUAUGGGAACUACCUGUUUGUCUAUUGCGGGGCAGCGACGAGAAUUUGCUUUCUCUUGGGUGUCGGCAUGGGAGGGCCCAAGCGAGCGAAAAGCAAGGUUAAGAAGUCUGUCAGGCUGGCCCUUGAAGAAGCUCCUCCCGUCACGCCUACGCAGAUGAACAAAACCCCUGCUCAGAGCACGAGGAGGAGGAAAAACAAGUCUAGCUAG